UAUCUCCAUUUCCCCAAAAAUGGGAAAAUCCAAUUCCCAAUUUCCCACGCCACUAACUUUCAAAACACAGCUUAACUAUUCAGCAAUCUAAUAAUCAUAAAUAAAUUUUAGUAACCCUUCCUUUCCUUUCCUUUCACUACUCUUUCUUUCAAAAUAAUCAUUCCUUACAUUAAAAAUGAAAUUACUAUAUACUCACUUAAAUAGUUUCUGAUAGAUACGAAAAACAAUAACCGAAGAUGACGACGAAUCUUCAAAUACGAACAGAAGAACCCACUGAAACUCAAACCCCUCUUCUAACUUCAAAUUCGAAUCACGAAUCACAACAACAACAACAACAACUAAACAAUAACAAGACCAACGAAACUGAAACUGAAACUGAACUUGAUAAAACCCUCGCGCGUUUGGAAAUCUUUUUGAAUCUCUUAGGCUUCAAUCCACGUUCGCUUCUAUGUUCGGUCAUUUGUUGGACCGUUUUCUUCUCCUUAGGAGUGGCGCUUCCCCUCGCGGCGCUUUGGAUGUGCGAGUGUUCCGAGUGCGAAAGGUACGAAUUGCGCGGUUGCGAGAUGGUGAUCGUGACGUUUCAGGCGAGUCUCGCCGCUGUUUCUUUUCUUUGCAUUUCGCACAAUCUACGAAAGUAUGGACUUCGGAGGUUUCUAUUCGUUGACCGCUACACUGGACAUGUUGCUUGUUUUCAUCGCGAUUAUGUUAACCAGAUUUCGGGAUCUUUGCGCCUGUUUGUUCUGUGGGUAUUUCCGUGUUUCGUUCUGAAGACGGUGCGAGAAAUCAUUCGCAUUUCAUAUAUACAACAUGGGUCAUGGUCGUUAUCAAUUGCUAUUUUUAUAGCUUUGAUUAUAUCGUGGACUUAUGUUAGUGCAAUCUCUCUGUCAGCCUGCAUCAUGUUUCACAUGGUCUGUCAUUUGCAAGUCAUCCACUUUGAUGAUUAUGGGAAGCUCUUGGAAAGGGAGAGCGAUGUUUUAGUGUUUUUAGAGGAACACAUGCGGUUGCGCUAUCAUCUUUCCAAGAUAAGUCAUAGGUUCAGAAUCUAUCUUCUUCUGGAGUUCUUGGUUGUCACUGUGAGCCAAGUUGUGACUCUCUUGCAGGUCACAGGAUAUCGUGAAAUGAUUACCAUGAUAAAUGGUGGAGAUUUUGCAGUUUCCACACUUGUUCAGGUGGUUGGCAUCAUUAUUUGUCUGCACGCAGCAACAAGAAUUUCUCAUAGAGCUCAAGGCGUUGUUUCACUUGCAAGCCGGUGGCAUGCUAUAGCAACAUGCGCAUCUUCUGAUACUUCUCAAUCGAGAUCCACCAGUGCAGGGAGCUUUGACACUGCAAACCAUUUAAGAUCAAUACAUAUAGACUAUUCUGAAAGUGAUCUAGAGUCAUUGGAUUUCGGAGGAAUGGCUGUAAAUACCCAAUUGGUUUCUUAUAUGUCCUCGCAUCAUAGGAGGCAAGCUUUUGUGAUGUAUUUGCAGUCAAAUCCGGGAGGAAUCACUAUAUUUGGAUGGACAGUGGACCGUUCUCUUGUCAACACAAUUUUUUUCCUUGAAUUAAGCUUGGUUACCUUUGUUCUAGGUCAGACACUGUUCUCAUGAUAAAAUUUACGCGCCAAUACCAAGAAACCUUUUGGGUUACCACAGUUACUAAAUUUGAUUGAAACCCACCCUUGAAUAACCAUAAUUUUCCUCGUGACCAAUGUUUCUAAAUUUGGUAGCUCUGCCAGAAUGUUACAUGCAUGCAGAGAUAGAAAGGAUGGAACAAAGUUGCCUUCAGUGGCUGACCUUAAGAUUUGUGACAUUGCGUUAAAGGCACUUGGCUUCUUCCAACACAGAUGUCUUCAACAUUCUGUCCAAGAUUUUCAUUCUUUUGUCAACAUUCGUCAUCUUCGUUGAUGUUAUCAUUUUUGGUUUUAACAUGAUCCAAAUAAACUUUGCCCUAAAUGUGUACCAGCCUUGCAAUUUGCUAUCUGCCAGGACUACUAUUCUGCAAAGCAGUGAUACUCAUUGUUCAGAUUCAUAACCUGAGGUUUGCAUAAUCUCAUCUCAUACAAAAGGAUCGGAGCAUUCCCCAAAUCAUGGCUUGCUAUAUUGAUGAUUUCAACCUCUGGACAAGUGUGACUUUCAAGAGCUUGCGUUUGGAGAGUUAGAAGCGAAAAGCAAGAGUGUAAUAGAACAUGUAUUUUAUGGACAUUCUAUAAUUCUGACAUAAAGUGUCAUUUCAGCUUGGAUUAUGUAGGAGUUGAACUUUUUUCACAACAGACCAAUGCAAAUGUGCUCGCAAAUUCCGAUAUAGUUUAGCUGCUGACACAUUAGCAAUUUGCUAACAGUUUGUAUACGGCAAGUAAUAUGUCCCUUCAUUCUCCAUUUCAAAUGUUACCAACGUCUUUGCACGGUGUACUAAA